AGAUAUUUGCACUUGCCAUUUGUUUACUAGCAAGUUUGUUUGAGAGGUCUGGUUCUCUGCAGUGAACGCAUGAAACGAGAGUGGAAAGUUUAAACAGGUUUGUUAUCAGUAAUGGAAUAAGCAGGCAGCAAUGGAGAGGUCAGACCAUGCAACGGAGGGCGAUCCUCUGAAGAGGGGAGAAGAUGGGACAGAAACGGUCACGGGAGCAGCGUCAGCAUCAGGACCAAAAAAGAGGAGCUGUAAAGGCCUGGGUUUUUCCAGACUGACCCACUGGAGAACUGCAGUCUUCUUCCUUUCCUUGUUUCUCUGCCUCAUCAUAGUGUUUGCCUUCUCCUUCAUCAUGCCCUGUCCUGUCAGAGCUCAAUACCUCGUUACCUGGAAGAAGACUUUCUCAGAAUCAGUCACCUAUGAGUUCCUGGCUUUUGAACAUUCAAACGACGACAAAGUAAAGGAUGUCCUGUUCAUCAUCAAAAACACAAACGGCACGCUGAACCAAACAUGCACAGAAGCAGGCCUGCCUUCGCCGUGUGUGUUUGUGGUAGCGGUGGAUGGCACUGAUGGAGACACACUGUGGGAAAGGCCGCUCCACCCCGAGUUCCAGUGGGCUCAUUGUGAUCAGGGCAAAAAGACGAGCAGAACCUGGCACUGUCUGAUGUCUCACUCUGGUAAUCUCACGGCUAUCAACAAGAACACAGGUCAUGUCAUUUGGCAGCAGCCUCAGCCUACUGUUCUCGUCGGCUCUUUACCAGUUCUUAGUGUUCCGGAUCUGGAUCAGGACCAGGUUGAUGAUGUGGUGUUGGUGGCGUCGAACAGCACACUGACUCAGCUGAUUUUACUCUCAGGGAAAACGGGUGCUCAGAUGGGUUCUACCGUGGUUCUUGAUUCCGUUCAGACUGCCAAUCAUCUCAUCCAUGUCACUGUAAAGGGUUUCUACUACAUACUACUACAAAACGACACAGAUGUGUAUGGGCUGGAACUGUUGGGGAUUGCAGCCAAGGCAGGACUCAAAACGGACAAAGUCAUGGAGGCAAAAGCCAACUCUGCUGUUACCCUUUUACCCAUUUACCAAUCCAACGCUGUGAGCCUGGUGAGAACUAAAGAAGCCGAUGAUUCCUCUGACCUGCUGGUUGUUUCUGGGAAUGAGGUGGCUCUAAUUAAUGGGAAAACAUUAAGGCUAAAAUGGAAGUUCAGCUGCAGCUCGGUCAUUGGAAAGCCCUCCCUCGGCCACUUUAACAAAGAUGGUGUUCUCGAUGUCGUUGUUGAGGACGACGUAGGCAACCAAACGAAGAGGAUCAUUAUCCUGGAUGGGAAGUCUGGUGGCGUGUUGUGGGAGGUCAGACUUCUUGCUAUUGCUAACUCACCAGGACCCGCCUCCAUCUACACCACCAAAUCAAUCUCAGUCUUCAUAGUUUGGGGCUUGAUGCCAUCAGAGUCCAACUCAACUAAACCCCUAUCUAUCUCUCAACGCUCUUAUUUGCUGCAUCCACAUCACUCUGAAGUUCUCCUGGAGAUCACCAAUGUCACAGACCACAUUUUAUCAUUUAAAGCCACACUCAUGGAGCAUGGGCGCCAUGCUGCCUACCUCCUUCUGACGGGUCCCGAGAGUGAAGACACCAACGGCACUGUGGUCCUCACUAAGCAGAAGCUGAAGCAGAACAUCUCUAAAGAUGAUGUUCGUCAUCUCGGCACCAGCACAGAAACAAAUGAGGAAAUCGUAGAGGCUUUUCAGCGACUCCGCUUCAGUGACUAGUCAAAACGUUUGGAUUUGGUAGCCUGUCUGGACCUUUAACCUACAACAUUUGAUCACUUGGAACCUUUCAACUUAAAACAGCCAAAGAAAAUCCUCUUUUUAUUUUGUUUAGAGCUUUACUUUACCUGACAGGGUUCUUCCAAAGCAUUUUAGUGUCUAAAAGUAGGUCUUACACAUCCUCAGGCUGGACCACACUUAUGCUGCAAAAAUCAAGCUGCUGUUUGUUCACGGCCCCUCGGCGCAGUUCGCUGUUCUCCCACUGAAAAUUCUAAGCCUACCCUGCUGAAUUAUAAUUAAUGGGCUCAUGCAUCAGUACAAUUGUCUUUGAAGCUGAAUUAUUUGAAUCUAUGCAACCGAUUGCUGUUGUGUUCUAAAGGUUGCAGCCUCGUGUCUUUACAGAAGCCUUCAGAGGUUUAUUACUCAGUGGUUGGGCUAAUUAGGUAAAUGUGUUUAAGAUUUAAGACCAUAGCAAACAUUCACUGGUACUGUUUGAAGACACUUCAACCCAACCAAACCACUACGUUCUAAGAGAUUGUACUAAACAAAUACAGUUUUAUUUUGUUUGUGAAUGUGUCAAUCGGUCUUGAAGUCAAUGAGUUGACGAUCAAGACAUAAAUGCUGGUUACUUAAUCCAAGAUGCUGUAGUUUGUGCCGCUAUUUUCCAAGAAAUGGGUUAUUUAUAAAGUUGCUGAAAUGAGAUAUUUAAUUAAAGUCUCUAUUGAAAAAAAAAACAUCUUAGUCUAUGAAUAAUCAUAACCCUCCCACUGUCUUUAUGGGUGACCCCGUGAGGAACGUUGACCAUUGAGCAGGAUUGGUGGUUUAUCCCCUGAGGUCCAUGGGCCCAAGGGAUAAACCACCAACCCUGCUCAAUGGUCAACUUUUCUUGCAGGGUCACACCCAUUAGGACAGCGGGAGGGUUAAACCAUGUCUUGGAAAGUGAGCUGCAACAAACAUCAAAUCUGCUCAAUAACGAGUGUCAGAUCUACUAUAGUUAAUGUUAUGAAGCCAAUUUGGAUAAAUAAGUUAAAAGGUUAGUUUUUUGAGUAAUUUUUUAAAUCAAGUGAAACCAGCCUUUAUUGAGUUAUUUUCCUGUUAUAUUAACAUGUUUGGUUUAGAUGCAUGAACAUUUUUAAUACAUUAAAUUUGGUUGAAAACAG